CGGCUCCUCCAGCCGCUCCCGCACUCGCACUCGCUCCCGGACGCGGACGCCCUCCGGCUGAGGCUCGCUUCCUCAGCAAGACAACGAGACAGGCCGUUGGGGGCCCACAAGUCCCCGAGGCCUGGUGGUGGGGUGGCAAUGUGGUCGCUACGGGUCUACACCCGCAAGAAGCGGACUGGCCGCAGGCUCAACGUAACCCCGACGCCGGACCCCGCGCUCCCGGCGACGGCGGAGGGCCCCGCAGGGCCGGGCCGAAGGCUCUCCGUCCCCUGGAAGCCCCGCCGCGCCGGCCUGCGGAGCGCCACCGGGGGUGGACAGGCGCGCAGGGCGGGGCGGCGGGGCCUCGGCCCCAGGGCCCCCCGAGACCCGCAGGCGGACGUCCAGGGCGUUUGCCCUGAAACGUGCCGCCCUUUCUCAGCACCGAAAGGAAAUGGCAGAGCGCGCGGUUUGCCAAAGAUCGCCGAAAAAGCGGAGCAAAGUGGGCAGGGAGGUAGCCAGUCCGGGCCACCAAGCACUCAGUUAGGAGUUACAGGAGAGAAAAGCCUGAAUGAAAAUAACACUAGUGAAGAGACCCAGGAUGAGAAGAUUGCUCCUUUGAGUGAGUCAGUGACUGAUGGCCUCCAGGUUGACAGUAGUUCAUCAAAAUUUGACCUACUAUCAGAACUAAGUUUGCAAGAUAUUUCCAGUUCUCUUCUCAGCGAUUCAGUCAUAGACGCUCAUACAGAAUACAAGAGUUUUGAAGAGAGUUUAAGUAGCUUCCCAUCACCUGAACUCUUCAGAAGAUCAGAUUAUUUAGAUUGGGAGUGUCCUGUGUUGGAAGAACACAGGCAACGCAAGAAUUCCACUCUGCUGGACACCAGUAAAGCAGUAUCAAUAGAGAAGGCACCACAGUUUCCAAAUCUUUCUGCAAUUCUAGAUAAUACAACUUGUGAAGUUUUACUUGCUGAGAAAACUUACUCUUCGACCUCUGAAAAAACAAAGAAAAAAAACACAAAUCCCAGUACCCAAGGUGAGAAAAGCAGAGGCCCGUUAACAAGUACUCCAUCUUCACAAAAAGGUGCUUUAGUGAUUGAUUUGUCCUCGGUGCAAAAAGCGUCUUUUGAAGAGCUAUUUCCACAUGUCAGCAAUUAUGUUAAUUCAAAUGAAAUUGUUCCUGUGUCAAGUUUGCAAGAAAAUUCUGCAAAUGAGGUCCCUUCAAAUUCUUCAGAAAUAUGUUAUAUUAUUAGAGCAUCACCAGGAACUAGAAAAGUAAAAAGUAAAGGUAUUACUUUAAAAAAGAAGAAAUAUUCUCCUCCUAAAGAUAUUCCUCAAGAGCCUGCCCUAAGUGCUCCCUAA